GCGGCAUAUCCUUCGUUUAGCAUCUUCUAGAAACCCAAUUCGAGUUGUCUAUACAUCAUUUCGACUUUCUGCACCUCACAUCAACCACCAUCUUUCAUCAUGCCUCGUUGGACAUUUGAUAUCACGCUAGGCUUAUUAACCGCCGACGAGAAAAAAACACUCGCCACAUCAAUUACCAAGAUUUACACCGACCUGGGUUUUCCCCAGUUUUGGGUCAACGUCUUCUUUCAUGAAACCAAGCCAGAGAACUUCUAUACUGGCCUCGAAUCUGGUAAUCAUGCCUUCUUUGUGAUCAACCAUGCCGCGAAGACGUUCGAAUCAGAGGAACAGCGCUUGUGGUUCCACGACCUAGUCGCUUCUACCGUAAAACCAAUUUUCGAUCCCAAAGAUAUACACUGGGAAUACAACAUCUACCAGCAUCCAGCUGACAACUGGAGGGUUCAAGGAAUGAUUCCCCCGGUACAUAACCCUGAUGCCUUGAAGCAGUGGGUAGAGCAGAACAAAACCAUACCUUAUUAAGGUUGCUAUCGUCAGAAGGGUCGAAUACGUGAAGUUUAUGGUAGCUAGGUCAGUUGUGUAAGGGAGAAUAUGGUAUUCUAUCAAUUAUCU